GUGGAGGUUGCGCUCCCGGCGAGUCCUUCGCAGCUGCCUCCCCAUCAAAGGAGGCUGUGGCAGAAGUCCUUGAUUCAGUACCAGCAGACAGCGCGAACCCCUGGCACACCACCAUUUGCACUCGCACGAAGCAUGUCAUGGACGAUCUUGAGAAUGCGGUCAACUUGCAGGAGGAGGUUUGUCCUGGCUGGGCAGAUCCACCUGAAAAACUGCUGAGCUUUGGAUGCUCUGUGGGUUUAGAGAUGGAGGAGGCACUCUAUCGGUUUCCUACUGCUCAAGUAGUUGGUUAUGACUUGGACCCGUUUGUCGUGCAGCGGGCUCAGCAGCGCCUCAGACACCGAGCGCAAGUUUUCAGUGAAUAUGGCGCCCUCCCAGCCGAAGGAUUUGAUUUGGUCCUAGCGAACAAUUUACUGUACAAGGAUAUGUCCUCUGCAGAUUUCGUGAAGCUCCUGAAACAAUUGCUUAAGCUCUUGCGCAGAGGUGGCAUUUUGGAGCUGAUGGUUUACAGCCAACAAGUAAGGCCGCUUUGUCCUACGGGCAAUUGGUGCGAGGCACAUGAGACAUGA